AUGAUGUUGUACACUGGUGCUAGUACGGUGGCGAGGACAGGUGCAGGGGAUAGCAGGAGUUUUGAGGUGAAGGUUGGUGUACACCAGGGCUCGGUACUGAGCCCCCUGCUGUUUGCUACUGUGAUGGACGUGGUGUCCAGUGAGACGCGAGGCGGGCUGCCUUGGGAACUGCUGUAUGCGGACGACCUAGUCCUUAUAGCAGAGACAAGGGAGCAGCUACAUGCAAAGAUGGCAGCAUGGAGAGUGUGUCUGGCAUCUAAGGUUCUGAAGAUCAACGCCGGGAAGACCAAGGUGAUAGUUAGUCGCGUCAGCGGUGGGCCAAUGACGAGCUCUGGUGCAUGGCCGUGUGGUGUGUGUGGGAAAGGUGUAGCUGCCAACUCAAUCCAGUGUACAACGUGUAGGAAGUGGGUUCACAGGCGAUGUAGUGGCUUGAAGGGUAGUCUUCAGGCUGCUAGCGCCACGUUCGUCUGUAAGAGAUGUCGGGGUGAUGGUCUACGGCCAGAGGAGAGAGAAGCGGGUCUGGAGGUCUGCGGUGACACGUAUGAGGUGGUGGAGUCGUUCUGCUACCUGGGUGACAUGCUGGGUGCUGAGGGAGGAGCAGAUGCAGCAGUGACAUCACGCGUGAGGAGUGGGUGGAAGAAGUUCAGGGAGCUGGCCCCAUUUUUGACAUCCAAGGCGCCGCCCCUGAAGAUGAAGGGCCAGGUUUACACCGCCUGUGUCCGAAGCAGUAUGGUGUACGGCUGCGAGACAUGGCCCACAAGGGUGGGGCACAUCCAGCAGAUGGAACGAGCAGAGAUGAGAAUGAUCAGGUGGAUGUGUGGGGUGUCUCUGGCUGACAGGCUGUCAAGCGAGGAGCUGAGGAGGAGAGUGGGAGUGGAGGGGAUCGGCAUCGUAUUGAGGAGGCACAGGCUGAGGUGGUUUGGUCAUGUGGAGAGAAAGGAGGAUGUCAACUGGGUCAAGAGGUGUACCAACGUAAUUGUGGGUGGGUCCACACCCGUCGGCCAACCGCGCAAGACUUGGCAGAGCUCUGUGUCAGAUGACAUGCGACUGCUUGGAGUCAAUGCGAGGGAUGUGACGGACAGGGCCAAGUGGAGGAGAGCCAUAGGGAGAAAGCAGGCCAACCCAGAACAGACUGGACAACGGCCUUAA